CCCGAGCUGCUGCCCCGCGUGCAGGGCCCGGCCGCCGCCAUGUCGGGCCCGGUCGAGCUCUCCGUGCAGGACCUCAACGACCUGCUGUCCGACGGCAGCGGCUGCUACAGCCUCCCGAGCCAGCCCUGCAACGAGGUCACCCCCAGGAUCUACGUGGGCAACGCGUCUGUGGCUCAAGACAUCCCCAAGCUACAGAAGCUGGGCAUCACCCACGUUCUGAACGCUGCUGAGGGCAGGUCCUUCAUGCACGUCAAUACCAACGCCAGCUUCUACAAGGACUCUGGCAUCACCUACCUGGGCAUCAAGGCCAAUGACACACAGGAAUUCAACCUCAGCGCCUUUUUUGAAAAGGCUGCAGACUUCAUUGACCAGGCUUUGGCUCAAAAGAAUGGCCGAGUGCUUGUCCACUGCCGUGAAGGGUACAGCCGCUCACCGACUCUAGUCAUCGCGUACCUCAUGAUGCGCCAGAAGAUGGACGUCAAGUCUGCCCUGAGCAUCGUGAGGCAGAACCGCGAGAUCGGUCCCAAUGAUGGUUUCCUGGCCCAGCUCUGCCAGCUCAAUGACAGACUAGUCAAAGAGGGGAAAUUGAAACUCUAGGGUGCCCCUACCACUGCCUCCUCUCUGGAGGUCUGAUGGGGGAGUCCCCGGUCGAGGAGUCCCGUGUCGCCAUGUUUAGGAAACACUUACCCUGUUCCCAGCAUCACCAGGCACUUGCCACAGUCUGUCCCCCCACGGCCCUGGGCCACUUCCCCCCGGGGGCAUAUAAAGGAGCUUGUAAGAGGGCAUUCUCGCUCCUCCGUGUGUCCGGGGCCUACGAUUUAUGACGUCCUCUCCCUGAGGUGGAGGCACAGAGGGUGAUUGCCUGUGACCUGCAUGCUUCUUGAUGGCCCAGGGCAGGAGGUCUGUGGAUGUGUAAGGCCCAAGACACCUACAGGGGCCCUCAGGACCUCCCCACCCCCACUUCCCACCCCUCGCUCCUGGGUCUUCCCCUGAGUGGGGACCACAGCACCUAGAACCCUGUAAAGGAACUAUGCAAACGCGGCCCUCUCUCCCCCAGCCCGCCCCAGUCUCCUCACAGCCAUCUACACCCGUGCAUAGGCAGAGGCGUGUCAGGAGGUCUGAAGCUGGUGUGAGGGCAGCCGUCAGUUGUUGGUGGAAAUUUCCAUGAAGAGACUGAAUUUUAAUUAUUUCUUUAGGGUGAAAGAUACCUAAACAAAGGGACCCUGCAGUGGGCAAACAAACCCUCCUGCAGGGUUCUUGUAAAUCAAAAGUUUUUAAAAUGUGAGCCUUUGGGAGGCUUGAGUUCCGAAUCCACUGGAACAUUUCCCCUGGCUGCUCUCAGUCACCGUUUGUUAGAAGAGCGGUGCCUUGGGCAUGGUUUUUUCUUUUUUAGAAAACAGGGUGUUGAAGUCCAGCCUAUUUAAAAACCCCACCAUUUGGAGAAUUACAAGGGUUUUGUCCUGAAUUAUAGUGUUGGUGAGCCCCAGCCACUCGUGCUAACUGCUUUUUGUCUCCGUUGCUAUUCCAAGAACAGAAAGCGGAAGUUGGCCAAUUACAGCGUGUGGGGGGUAGGGGUGGUAGUGGAGGGGGUGUCUCUCAGAAACACAGCCAGAGGACAAGUAGGGAGAUGAGCGCUCCCAGGCUAACACCCUCCCCAUGCACAGGUAGUUCUUCUAGCUCUGGUGCCAGAAAAGAUCUGGGAGCCUUGGGAGCAAAAAUGUCUCAGCCAAGCAGAAGUGAAAUAUGGCGGAGCCUCCAAGGGGGCCCUUACUGGUAGUGCAAACAAAUGGAAAGAAAUCACCUUUUUAAGGCCUUCUUUCGGAUGAUGUCGGAACACACUAGCACUCACACUCACUUGUGUGCACGUGUGUCAGAAUAUAGAAGUUUGGUUUUGAACACAUCUGGUUGGGACUCUUCACGUUGUCUUCAGGAAAGCCAUGAGGAGCUCCCACCUUCAGGCUCCCUGAUGGUGCAGAGGUGGCCCUCAGCCGCGCCCCCAGUGCCCAGCACAUUGGUGUCUGACAAAAGUGUGUUUAAACUUUUUUGAGCACCAAAUAUAUGUAGGGUGUUGUUCUGGUGGGCAUAGCACUUUCCUAGGAGCCUAACUUCCUGGUAGGAUCACAUAUAAGGAUUUGCAAAGGAGUCUUAUCUGAAGCGAAAUAUCAGGGACUUUUGUUGAAUAUUUAAAAUUCAGUUUUAAAUUUAAAUUCAGGCAGUGUUAAUAUGCCCAGGUGGGGAAUGUGCCUUUUUCAGAGUUGACCAGGAGCUUCCGGCUAGGGUGAGGAGAAGCAGGCGUACCCGGGCCUCACAGGUGCAUGAUCUCUGGCCACUGUGGGUCCCCUUUCCGCUGUGACCGCAGCCACACUAAGUAAACUAGGACCUGUUUUCUAGGCCAGAGAGACCCACCUAAGUGAAAUGGUCAUCCUCUAAGUACCUCACAGUUUCCCUGUAACUCUCCCCACUUAAUCUAAUUUGACCCUCAUAGUAACCUUAUACAUUUGGUAGAGUUUAUUCAUAUAUUGUUACCUUUUGAAAAAAGGAAUCAGGGUUCAUGCUUACAGAGCUCUGAAGGCAGAGCUGAGGCAAAGUUUCAGCUUUACUGCUCUUUAAGGCUGAAUUCUUCCUCAUACCACACUCUGGGAGUAUCAGGCCCUUGCCCUAGCCCUUGUGCGCAAGGCCAGUCAGCUUUGUGGACAUGAUUCAGGCUGAGGUGCUGGGGGCCUCGGGAUUAGAAUGGAUAGAGUUAGCACAAACCCAGCCCCGCUCCUGGAAAAGGAAGCACAAAAUGUGGGUCCCCACUUGGGUUAGAAUAUGUGGAUUUUCUUCCAAGACAUAUGCGACAUCCACAAGUCAGAGCAUCUGCUCUACUUCUGGAAGAGGCUGAGGGGCUAGACCUGGGGGUUCCUUCCCAGGCCUAGGCAGCAGUCAACCCACAGGACAGCCACAGCGACAGGUGAGCAUGUCAGGUUGGUGUGGCUAGCUAACCAGGGUGCCUCAAGAUCCUGGUGUGAGGGCAUGAGGGAGACAAGGCCAUAGGGAAGCCCCCUUACUUUGGGGCUACUUAUAUGCUGAUACCCUGGCACUUCUCUGUAGUCUUUAGUCCCAGAAGCCCCAUAUUUACUUAAGAUUUAGCUCCUCAUUCUUUGAAUAAAAUAAUAUGUAGAAGCCAACACAUGCCCAGCUGUGUGGGGAAGCUGUUCCUUGGCAACUUCCUCCCCCUGGGAAGUGGUGGAGCAGGAACUCAGGGUGCCCUUUCCCCUCCCCUUACCUGAUCAUUUGUUUGACUAGCAGAGCCCAUCUAGACAAAAGGAGAGCACCAGACAGUUGCAUGAAUUCUAAAGCAGUUCACAUUCCACAGGCUGGUUUGUUUCCCUGCCACUCUGAGUUAUCUGGAGAGCAGACAUCAUCAUUCAUCAAGCAGGGAGACUCAUCUAGAGGGCCCCUUGGGUUCCUUUCGGCUCUAACACUGUCGAUUUCUCUAAGAAUUCCCACUUGGAAUUUAACUCCACUUGAAAAAGAUGGGUUAUGUAAUAACAUGGUGACCAGCAGGUGGCGUUGUCUUCCAUCUGUGGUGAGGAUUCAAAAUGUUGGUGCCUCUUGAGUCACAAGUUAAUGUUAAGAUAACAAAGUUUUCAUCAAAAUAAGCACUGAUUUAAUGAGAAUAUGAACUUUUCUCACAGAAAAUUUCCUUUGUUAUAAAACCAGUGUAAAAUAUCACUAAAGAGCCAACGAUGAUGGUCCUUCCUAGUCAAGAUUUUAUCCUGACUGUAAAUGGCGAUCACCUCCAGUUGAGAGACCCAGUUGGUGGAAGCUUUAAUUACCUCCUGUCAGCUUCUAGGGUAAUUUGAUUGUGAAAGUGUGAAUUUUCUGGACAGAAAAGGGAAGCUAUCCAUUGGUUAAAAAAUAAAGUUUAACGUCUGCUGUGUCACAAAUCAGUGUUAAAACUAAAAGGGUAACCAAAAUAAAGUCUUACAUU